UGUAGCAAGGAUAAAGUUUCUUUGAUAUUCUGUGGUGAGCGCAGCGCCAGGCGCUUGUCAAAAAUAAGUCAAAACAAGAAGCACGUGUGUUGAUUUCAAUCUUUCGACAGUAAAAUAAUCCCUAAUAAAGUGCUAAGUGAGCAGUUUUUUGGGACUUAUUGGCAAGAAAAAUACCUAUAUUUUAUAACUCUCAUGGUCUAAACAAAUACGCAAACCAUGGCAUCCACAUCGCUUGCCCAGCAGCUACAAAAGCUAUCAGCGCCGCAGACAAAAGUUUACAAAGAUACCAAGAAGCAGAUUUCAUUACUUUUUGAUCCUUCUGAAGCGGCUUUAAAAGAUCGCGAUACUUUCUAUGAAAUCGGUGUGAGCGGUCUGAACGAGCUUAUAGCUCUAAACCCGGACUUCGCCGUGUACCAGGACACGUUAUUCAGUCUCUCAUCAAAGGAUUUUGAGAGGGCCGUGCAAUCCAAAGAGGUUAAUCAAAACCUCGAUCAAACUAUAGAGAAGUUUCUUCUCCAAAUAUCACCGUAUUUUCUUCUCCAAUCGUCGCACAAGGCUAUUGAAUGGCUUAUAAACCGGUACCACAUACAGCAGUACAAUCAGGAUGCCAUCAUGGCAUUAAUACUUCCAUAUCAUGGUACAUUAAUAUUUGUAAGAUUUAUCCAAUUAUUGGAAAUAAAACAUAAUAGAUGGAACUGGCUUGCUCCUAUACAAAAGAAUGGUAUUCCAUUAGCGAGUCAAGUUUUGCACAAUCAAUGCGUCUCUAAUGCAUCUACAUUGUCAUUUAUAGCCAAAAUGGUUGUAAAAUAUGUGAAAGAGUAUAAAGAGAAGGCGACACAGUUGAAUACAGUUUUUGCUUUCUUCUGCCAAGUGGCCAUUGGUGUUAUUGACACAAGUAAAAAAUUUGCUGAGGCUUCAAUCACAGCUUUGUUACCAACUCUAAUGAAAGGCAUAGAAUCAACAAUUGUAGAUUUCCGGUCUUCAUGCUACAUUGUAUUGGGGUACUUAUUUACAAAAACCAAUAUUAAGAGAGACACGCUAAAUCAAAUACUUGAUAAACUGCUAACAACUGAAUUUGAUUUAUCGUAUGAUGUUGUGCUAUUAAUUACAAUGAUGUAUGAGCAUCAAGCACAUUUGAAUAGGAUGUCAGAUCCAAUAUUCAAUAUAUCAGUCGAUAUGAUGAAUACAAUAUGUAAAUAUCUGAAGAAGUUUGUUGAAGUGAGGAUUAAUAUACAGCCAUUUGUGUUGGCGUUUUUACGGGAGAUCCUACCUCAUAUACAAAGUAAUAUUGGAGAAUUUAAAGCAUUCAGUCCAUUGCCUGAAAUACUGAUUAAUGAGGUGGAUUUGAAGAAUCAAGGUCCAGAGAAAAUCAUCAAGUGCAUCCUUGAUGCCUACUGUCCCAAUAAAGAAGAUAACAGUGCUAAUGAUUCUGAAAGUGACAUAGAAAUAAUUGAUGAGGAUGGUUUCUCAUCCAAAAUCCUUAAUUGGUAUGCAAUUCUAUUGAAAAACUUUGAACGCCAAUACCCUGAUGCAUUUGAUAAGGUGAUAACAGCAGAAAUGAGUUCUGCUAAUGAGAUAUCACCAAAGAGAAAAGGUCAAUUGUCAAAAUUGCUAGGAUUCAAACCUGCUAUUGCACACAAAGUAGGAGGAACUUACCUUUUUGAAAAUCUUAAUCAUGUCAAUCCUGAUUUACGUAUUGAAGCUGUAAAAUAUAUAGGUAAAGAGUUUGAAGCAUUAAAAAUACAAAAUGCAGAUUUUGUUAAAGAAUCAAUUCUUGAUAGAUUAAGAGAUGAUGACCCAAAAGUUGUUAAUGCUGCUUUGGAUAUUGAAGAUGAAUGUCUUGAAGAAGUUCUUAAUGAAAUAGAUUUGACAAACGCAUUUGUUAAUAUUGUAUCAAAAAGGACCAAGAAGUGGCGGUCAACUAUAAAAAGGGCUAUUAUUAAAUUUUGUUCUUUAGAUAUCUUGUCAGUUAAUCAAGAUACAAUCCUAGUAAUAAUGCCACUGCUUUUCCCUGAAGAUGAGAAAACUGUAGAAGUGGCAAAUCAUAUAAUUAAAUCGAAAUGGGGACAGAAAUUUAAUCUGACCAAAAGACUAUCCAAGAAACUCGGUAAAUCACAAAAUUCAGACGAAUUGCGAUCUAACUUAUUCAAAGAAUUAUUUAUCGCUAAGUCCGUAAACUUUGAUGAUUUGCUUGAUGAAAAUCUAUUGGAUAAGAGUAACACUCUUGAUAUUUCUUUUUACAUUCUGCUUAAAUCUUGUUCUUUCAACAAAGCGACAGUUGAAGGAAUCUCUUCGGUACUUAAUUUACUUCUAGAAUCAGUUGAGAACAGAUUAAUCGUACAACAUUCCGAAGAUGGCACUUUCUCUGAAGCAAUAAUGCCAAAAUUCAUCAAACUGGCUGCAGAAAAUAAGAUGUUAUUUGAAGUUAUAGAAUACAUUUUCUGUAGGGUGAUUGAAGACAUGAAUGUAAAAGACAUAGCUAAGCCUUGGUGUAAUGUCCUAGAGACACCAGAGACGGUCUUAAUCAGAAGGCUGUAUGAAAUUUGCAUUACCGGAUGCGCUAUACCCAGUUAUGGAGAAAAUUACGUAAAAUUGCUUCAAAAACUUUUGAAUAAGUUUUGCAGUAAUCCUAAAGAAAAGUUUGAGUUCAUAGCAAAUUUCGCUUGUGGUCAUAUUUUGUAUGCUACAGACCCUAAAGACGUCAUUGCGCCUGAAUUGCAAUUGAGGAGUCUUAAACUGCUGACCAACUUUCUUGCUGUGCAAGAAAAUGCAAAUUGGAUUUUCGACUCUGAUGUUGUGAUGUUGGUAAUAUUGUUCAAUUUGAACAACCCUCUUAUAGUUAUUAGAGAGAGCGCGAUCGAUAUUAUGAAUAAGAUAUUGAGGGAAGAACCUGAUAAAAAGUUGGUUUAUAUACAGUUGAUAAAUGAAUUGAAUGCACAUAGAAAAGAGCUAAUUUUAGACCAUGAUCAAAUUUCGCAAGUUUUGCAUACAAUUCUGACGGCGAAAGAUAUCCAAAAUAAAUUAUUUAGGCGCAAUUGCCUUCUUAAAUUUACUGGUAUCUUGAACGAAAACAUUCCGUCACACAUAAAAGCUGGGUUUUUAAAACUGCUUUACAAAUUAGAUAAUGCUAACACCUUUCCUAAUGUUAUUUCCUGCUUGAAUCCAUUGGAAAAAAUUCUUAGUGGCAAUAUACUUAAUGCAAAAUUCACAUUUGAUGUUUACGAAUCCAACAUGUUUAGAAGCAUUUACAGUCUUAUAAACGAAUCAACAAUCACUACAUUUAAUAAAGAACAGGUCUGGAAAUCUAUUGAAGUCGGUUUGAAAGAAUAUAGAUUGUGUAUUUCAGAAGAGGAUCAAUCAUACACUAGUCCUUCAAUCCUUAUCAUGAGACAAAUAAAUGAGAAUGUGUUCAUGAAAAUCCCAGAAGAGAACCGCAAAGAUUUAGUUUAUCUAAUCGCAUCUGCUGGUGCUGUUAGCAAUAAUCCAACUAUAUCGCUCGUUGCAUCGAAAGUGAUGAAGAAUAUACAAUUAAGUUUUGCAGACUUCAAGCCUAUUCUAGAAGGAAUGUUGAAUGCCGAAGAUCCUGCUGCUAAUGUGCCUAAAAAGAAGAAGACGACUGUAUCUAUGCUGUCAUACCAACUAAUGGAGACGGAUGAAUGGAGGCUGGGUGUAGCCUUACUCGAGCAUGUCCAAAGCAAGAAAAAAAUGAAAAUAGACAACUCAUUCGUAUCGAUUCUUUUCCAACUGUUAAACAAAUGCUUGAGAUUCGAAGAACAAUCUUACGUGGAGUAUACGAAACAACUAAUUUUAUCUUCAUUGUGGUAUUAUUGUAAGAAAUACGUCGAUGAUAAGGACAACGAGCAGCUGAAGUCCUUGAGAUCCGUUUUCGAUGUGGAGUUAAUCGUCCAAUGUAUCAGAGGCACUCAAAACCCUCAAACACACCAUCACGCUUUGAUACUUUUGUCCCACGCUGCAUACAUGCUACCCGAUCAAGUGUUACACCACACUAUGGAAAUCUUCACUUUCAUGGGCUCUUCCGUUCUCAGACACGAUGACGCAUACAGUUUCCAGAUAAUAACUAAGAUUAUAGAGAAUUUGAUUCCCAUUUUGGUUAAAAUGGACAAAAGUAUUGAAGAUCACACUGAGAAGGAAUUGAAACAGUUGCAGACUCGUGUUGUUCCAGUUUUACGCAUAUUUGCCGAUGUGGUACUUCACGUUCCAGAGCACAGAAGAUUGCCGCUUUUCAAAAAGCUCAUUGAAACGUUAGGGCCAUCUCAAUUCCUUUGGGUGUUCCUGGCGUUACUUUUAGAAACACAUAUUGCUCAUUUCAAUGAGACUAAGAAAAACGAUAGUACCCGUACCAGAACAUUGGCUGGUCAAGAAUCACCCGUAGACAGACUUGAUUUUGGACAAAGCAUUCUUCUGGAGUUCCCACCUGAAGUUGGAAUGGAAAAUUUCGUCAAACUAAUUAUGUAUAUUAAAUCUUUGCCACUGCAAAAGGAUGAGAAUUCUAUGGAAACAGAUGUAAAUCCUAGUGACAUUUUCAGCGUAAAUGGUCAUACACCGGUGCAGUUGCGUCACUAUAAAUAUGUGAUAAUUACUUUUAUGAACACAUGUCUGGCAUCUUCAAGGUUUAUUCAUCUCUGCAGCUUGGCUACUGACACGAAAACUAUGGAAUCGCAUUUCAAAACCUUGAUUGUAAAUGUACUGUCAUUUAUUCAGGUUAUUUCGAAGGUGACUGACGAAAAAACAGCAAAAUAUUGGCGAGUUAUGCUACAUCACAGUUACGAUCUAUUGGAUAACGCGAACAAUCUGCUAUCCCCUACUAUGUUCUUGAGCGUUGUAAAAGGUUUAUUGAAACACACAUUGCAGACAGUAAGAAGAAAGGCAAUGGAGUUGUUGAACUCAAAGAUCCAAACUACGCCAGAGACAUUCGAAGAUGUUGAUAGAGAACUGCUUUACUCAUUACUACCAGCAUUGUUAGACAUUAUUAAAACAAUAGAAAACAAAGAUGAAACAUGGACAGAAAUUGCUGCCCAGGAACUGGAACUUAACCAGCAAACAGCACUUUUAUCUCUGAAACUGUUGACUCGUAUGCUUGCAGCAGAGAAUCCUGAACCAUUCAAAGAUGUUCUAGGUACCAUUACAAAUUACACUUGCAAUCUGAAUAUAUCUGGAAACGUCAUGGCGUCUAUUGUCCUUUGUUUGGCAGAACUUUGUAGCAAUCUCAAAGCACAUGCAUUGGCUAGUCUGAGAAGAUUCAUGCCAGCUUUAAUAAAAGUGCUAAAGAAACAGAGAAAAGCAGAGACUCCAGAAUUAGUACUACUAAGUACAGUGACCGCUAUAGCGAAGAUUGUGGAAAGUCUACCGCUGUUUCUAAGUCCAUAUUUGCAGAAAAUACUGUACGAAUAUUCUAUUCUGUUUGCCAAGUGGCAACAAUGCGAUCAGAAAUGUAGUAAAGUUACCGCAAUUGUUGCUAAACUAGCCAACAUUAGGAAAAAGAUUGCAGAAUCGAUACCUCCAAGAGUUUUGAUACCUGUAGCAAAUGAAACUCAUCAGUUACUGCUCGAGAAAGAAAACUUCGACGCAAUCGGACCAGUGAUGUCUGUACUAGCAGAUAGUUUUGCUAAUGUCACAACUGCAGACUUUACAGCGUUGCAGCACGAUUUGACAGCGUUCUUCUUGACAGCCCUGCAGUUGCGCAGCGAUGCGGCAGAGAAAAACAUAGAUAAUUUAGUCAUAGAUAAAGCGGAAGACGAAGUGGUCAACGCGCUUGUAUGUCUCGUGCUGAAACUGUCUGAGACUAGCUUCAGGCCGUUGUACUUCAAAAUAUACGACUGGGCGAUAAGGACAAAUGUUGAAGGAUAUAAAGACAGAGCAAUUACUUUCUAUAGAUUGAGCAGUGCCAUCGCGGACAGACUUAAGGGAUUGUUCGUCCUUUUCGCUGGACAUUUCGUGAAGAACGCAGCGGAAUUGUUAGACGCAUGCAACAACAGUAAAACCGAGGACCUUUACUUCGACAACGAAGAGAAAUGCAUAAACCUCGUGAAAUAUAUCAUAAAGACUUUGCAUAUAGUAUUUUUGUAUGACAGUCAGAGUUUCCUAAACAAGAGUAGAUUUGAAACACUGAUGCAACCAGUUGUAGAUCAACUGGAGAAUACAUUGGGCGGUGUUGGUGAGUUAAAAGGCAGGGCUGCAGAGUACUUGAUACCCUGUGUGUCUCAAUUUGCUGUUGCAACGGCCGACGACUCUCUGUGGAAGCUGUUGAAUUACCAGAUACUGUUGAAGACCAGGCAUAAUGAUGCGGAGAUUAGGUUGACAGCCCUAGACUGCCUGGUUGCUAUGGCAACGCACCUCGGUAGCAGUUGGUUGCCACUCCUGGCGGAGAGUGUGCCGUUCCUCGCAGAACUCCUCGAGGAUGGUGAUCAGAAGAUAGAAACGGCCACCAAGGAUGCCAUCCGGAAACUAGAGCAAAUACUCGGCGAGCCGCUUGAGAAAUACUUUUAAUUAUAAACAGAGUUUAUAAGAAUAUUAUAUACAUUUGAUACAUUU